GCGUGUGUUAGUAGCGUGGCGCGCACGGUCGCACAUCCUCGCGCUGUGAGCACCGGAACGAGUCAAAAUAGCGAAAUUCCUUGGAAAAAAAAAAAAUACGAAUACUGGAAGAUUUCAUGUAGGAUGCGUACGGUGGUCGCGAGCAGUGCACGCAAAAGUAAUCGGCGCUAGUUUCGGUUGAGCGAGGUUGGAUAAAGUGUACUGGUUCUGGCACGAGUGGCAUCUCGGCUCGCCGAAUUUGUUGGUUGCAAGCGGCGCGAUCAAACGGCCUUGUGAGGGCCAGAAACGCUUGUUUGGCGCAAGGCGAUGGUACGAUGAUCGCUCUCAGGUGUCUCGUGUACGCAUUCGCCGUAGUGGCGAGCUCGUCCGCGUAUGCUUAUGAUGAUGAAUGUAACAUUCCGCUUUUGGAUCGAGCUCAACUAACAGCAACUACUUCCUUACCCGAACGAGGCCCGAACAAUGCUAGGCUAAGUGGCGGAAACGCAUGGACGGCUAGCAGCUCUGAUUUUGGUCAGUAUUUAAUAAUCGACUUGGGCCAAAUAAUGAACAUCACGCAUGUGGCGACUCAAGGACGAUCGCUGCAGAACGAAUAUGUUAUGGAGUAUCGUAUUAGCUAUGGUACCAAUGGCCUUGACUACGUUGAUUUCAAGGAAGAAGAUGGCAACGCAAAGAUGUUUAAAGGUAAUGUAAACGGAGACAGCAUAAAGCUUAACAAGUUCGAAGUGCCAAUAAUCGCGCAAUGGAUAAGAAUAAAUCCUACGCGAUGGCGAGACAGGAUAUCGCUGCGGAUUGAGCUUUACGGAUGCGAUUAUGUGUCUGACGUUGUUUCUUUCAACGGAUCGUCUCUCGUACGCCUGGAUCUACUCAGAGAACCCAUCGAAACUGAUAGACACUUUUUACGUUUCCGAUUUAAAACUAAUAACGCCGAUGGUGUAUUGAUGUAUUCUCGUGGUACACAAGGGGAUUAUAUAGCCUUGCAAUUGCGCGACAACAGAAUGUUGCUUAACAUUGACCUCGGAUCUGGUAUUAUGACGAGUCUGUCCGUGGGCAGUCUUCUGGACGACAAUAUGUGGCACGAUGUCUUAAUUUCCCGCAAUAGGAAAAAUAUUUCAUUCUCUGUCGAUAGAGUGUUGAUUAAGGGUAGAAUAAAAGGACAGUUUCAUCGACUGGACUUAAAUCGAGAACUUUAUAUUGGUGGCGUGCCCAACAAGCAAGACGGUUUGGUAGUGAGCCAGAACUUCACCGGUUGCAUAGAAAAUUUUUAUCUAAACGCAACAAAUAUAAUUCAUGAGCUGAAGGAGACGGAAAUUAUAGGGGAGAACUUGAGAUAUUACAAGAUCAAUACGAUCUACACCUGUCCGGAACCUCCGGUGAUACCGGUCACGUUUUUAACACCCGGAUCUUAUGCUAGAUUGAAGGGUUACGAGGGUGUACCUUCCAUGAACGUCUCCCUCGCAUUUCGAACUUACGAGGAGCGAGGAAUAAUUCUUUUUCAUCAGUUUACGACCCCAGGCUACGUGAAGUUAUACCUGGAAGAAGGUAAAUUAAAAGUCGACAUACAAACGAAGGACAAUCCGUUUGCAACGUUGGACAACUUCUACGAGAAAUUCAAUGACGGGAAGUGGCAUCAAGUGAUUUUGACGAUCGCCAAGAAUUCUCUUAUCUUGAAUGUGGACGGCAGACCGAUGAAAACGGAGCGCCUUCUCGAGAUGAUGACCGGCUCGUUUUAUCUGGUUGGCGGUGUGAUCGGAGUGGGAAGCAAUUACGGUUUCGUCGGCUGCAUGAGAAUGAUAAGUAUCGACGGGAAUUACAAAUUACCGACCGAUUGGAAGGAAGAGGAGUAUUGCUGCAAAAACGAAGUCGUCUUUGACACCUGUCAAAUGAUAGACCGCUGCAAUCCGAAUCCUUGCAAGCACUGCGGUGUCUGCCGUCAAAAUUCUGAUGAAUUUUCCUGCGAUUGUGCCAAUACCGGAUACGCUGGCGCCGUUUGUCAUACCUCGUUAAAUCCACUCUCGUGCGAGGCAUACAAAAAUAUGAAUUCCGUAAAUCAGCGAGCGGAAAUUAAAAUCGACGUCGACGGAAGCGGACCUUUGAAGCCGUUCCCCGUCACUUGCGAGUUCUUCGCCGACGGCCGCGUAAUGACGGUUUUACGCCAUAGUAACGAGCACGUCACACCCGUCGACGGAUUCGAGGAAGCCGGCAGCUUUAUACAGGACAUUAAUUAUGACGCCGAUCUCGAUCAAAUAGAAGCUCUGUUAAACCGGUCUAUAAGCUGCAGACAAAGAAUAAACUACGCGUGCAAACAUUCCAAGUUAUUUAACUCUCCAGUUCCUCAGGGUGAUUAUUUUAGACCGAAUUCCUGGUGGGUCAGUCGAAAUAACCAGAAGAUGGAUUACUGGGGCGGUGCACUGCCCGGAUCGCGAAAGUGCGAAUGCGGUAUUCUUGGAAACUGUGCGGAUCCUACCAAGUGGUGCAACUGCGACGCUGGUUUAGAGGGAUGGUUAGAAGAUGGUGGCGAUAUUACGGAGAAGGAAUAUCUGCCCGUGAAGCAGUUACGUUUCGGUGACACGGGUACACCGCUCGACGAAAAGGAGGGUCGUUAUACGCUAGGUCCGCUCAUUUGCGAGGGCGAUGAUUUAUUCAAGAACGUAGUCACAUUCCGUAUUGUGGACGCUACCAUUAAUCUGCCGACGUUCGAUAUCGGCCAUAGCGGGGAUAUUUAUUUCGAAUUCAGAACUACGAUCGAAGACGCCGUGAUAAUCCAUAGCAAGGGACCUACCGAUUACAUCAAGGUCUCCAUAAAUAACGGAAAUCAGAUACACUUCCAGUAUGUGGCCGGCGGUGGGCCGCUCACCGUGAGCGUGCAGACAUCUUACAAUCUGGCCGAUAAUCGGUGGCACUCGGUGUCGGUGGAGAGGAACCGCAAGGAGGCCCGGAUCGUCAUCGACGGAGCGCUGAAGAACGAAGUGCGGGAGCCUCCGGGUCCCGUACGAGCGCUUCAUCUCACCUCAGAUCUCGUGAUAGGCGCCACGACUGAUUACAGGGACGGGUUCGUAGGUUGCAUAAGAGCCCUGCUUCUCAAUGGCGAGUUACAAGACUUGCGUAGCUACGCCCGCCGUGGAUUGUACGGCAUUGCGGAAGAUUGCUUCGGCAGAUGCGAAAGCAGCCCUUGCCUCAAUAAUGGCACGUGCCACGAGAGAUACGAUGGUUACUGGUGCGAUUGUCGAUGGACCGCGUUCAAGGGACCUAUCUGCGCGGACGAGAUUGGCGUGAACAUGCGGCCCAGCUCGAUGAUAAAAUAUGACUUUAUGGGCAGCUGGCGUUCCACUAUCGCCGAGAAGAUACGCGUGGGUUUCACGACGACGAAUCCAAAGGGAUUCCUGCUUGGUCUCUUCUCUAAUAUCUCGGGAGAAUACAUGACGAUAAUGGUGUCGAACAGCGGGCACUUGCGCGUGGUGUUCGACUUCGGUUUCGAGCGGCAGGAAGUCAUAUUCCCCUACAAACAUUUCGGUUUGGGACAGUACCACGACAUCAGGAUCGGCAGGAAGAAUUCGGGCGCUACCCUAAUCAUGCAAGUCGACAAUUACGAGCCGCGCGAGUUCAACUUUAACAUCAAGAAUUCCGCGGACGCGCAAUUCAAUAACAUCCAGUACAUGUACAUCGGCAAGAACGAAUCUAUGACGGAGGGAUUCGCGGGCUGCAUAUCCAGGGUCGAAUUCGACGACAUAUAUCCGCUCAAGCUACUGUUCCAAGAGAACGGACCUGACAACGUGCGCUCGCUCGGUACGCCUUUGACCGAGGAUUUCUGCGGCGUCGAACCGAUCACGCAUCCGCCCGAUGUCAUAGAGACGCGACCACCGCCACAAGUGGACGAGGAAAAAGUGAAAGCCGCGUACAACGAGACCGACACGGCGAUCCUGGGAAGCGUACUGGCGGUUAUUCUGAUCGCGCUCGUCAUCAUGGCGAUUCUCAUAGGUAGAUAUAUGUCUAGACAUAAGGGCGAGUACCUGACGCAAGAAGACAAGGGUGCGGAGAUUGCGCUGGACCCGGAUUCUGCGGUCGUGAACUCCGCCACCGGCCACCAGGUCCAGAAAAAGAAAGAGUGGUUCAUCUAAAUCUGUUUCUUGAGACGCGUUAAAUAUGUAAAUGUGAAGAGGAGUGUAAUGAACACGCAAUUUAACUUAAUCUAGCGUACUAUGUAAACGUCUUCAAUAAGGUUUAUAUCUCUUUCGCUCUGUUCAACUAUCACGUUCUCACGUACAUUAUAAUUUUGCGUUGAGAACGCUACACUGAGAUUGCUAUUUCGUGUUGUUUUUCAAUGCAUUCUUUUUGUUUUGAUGAUAAUACGGCUGACGGAUCUCAUAAAUUUUAUUCGAGUACGAUUAUAAAUGAACGAUCAAGUUUUCCGACAUCAUGUUUGUUGUGCCAAUGAGGAAAAAGUGAAAAUACUUAUUAACGAUUUAAUAUCAUCAUGAGAAUUUUGGAAUGUACAUUGCAUUUCAGUCUACAUUUGUACAUUUUUUUAUCGGGUAUAAAAGAGCCUCAUGUAACAUAAUAAAUAGAUUCUCUAUGUACAAAGUCGUCUUUACAGGUAAAUUACUUACAUUUAUUACUUGCAUUUCACUCUGUUCUUUUUUUUUAAUGAUAAUUCACAGUAUUAGUUGUAAUGUCUACCGUCCAAAGCGCGUUUUAUACCUUUUUUAGAUUAAUUUUAUUUUCUCUUGUUUAUGAUUAUAUUUUACAGAUGUUUACUUUUUCAUAUAGAUUUGCAAAAUUAUAGUAAUUUAAUAAUUAACGUAGUGUUAGGAAUAAUUAUAAUAAUAAACAGUAACAACAAAAAUGAUAAUAAUAAUGAUAAUAAUUGUAUACUAAACAUGUAAUACAUAACGAAAGUGUACAUAAGACAUUUUUAUACGAACAGCACAUUCGUUAGUUCUUGCUAUUAAAUCGAUAUCUUGUACAACGAUAGUCGAGUAGGCGCGAGAACAAUAAAGGUGCGUUUCACGCUUCUGUAUGAACAGAUCGCCAUAAUAGUCAAGCUUGAAGAGAAUAAUAAUGACGAAUAAGAAUCUCAAUGAACGAUAAUAAUCUCAAUGGAAUCUCGUCUUCUUUUUACAUGAAGUUAUGAAGAUGAAAUUGGACGAAAUAAAUCAUUUAUGUUCUUCUAUUCUUGUAUUUUUUACCUAAGUAUCUUUGAACACGUGAUAUUUAAGUAUCAAGAGAUUACCAACUAUUAAACUUUCCAAAAAAUUAAUAUCAUCGGCGAUUUAGGUGCUUGAAUGCUCUCCAGCUACAAAUAUCCGAUUUCAAUUACUUACCGAUUUACGUGUGUAACGAACACUUACGGUUCACUUGGUAGGUUCGCCUUGUCGGGAACUGUUGCAUCCAAGAUGAUUCAAGUCACGCAAAAAUGUAAUUAAAGGAUUUUAGAAUUAAUGCGCACCAUCAAUUGCAUCGGAAAAACUCAUUACGAGUGGAGGAAUUCUACGUUUCUAAUCGGCGAAAAAUGAAUGUGAAUGAAAUGUAUGAAAGAAAUCGAGUAAAAUAAUGCUGAGCGAGUGAGAAUUUUUAGGCACGUAAGCUGUAUUUACACGUGUACUUGUCAAAAACAACUGGUCGAAAUGUUAAACAGUAAAAUACAAUAAUCUUCGUAAAAGAAUUCGCUACCUCCAGCAAUGUUGACUUUUUCGCCCGUGUGAUACGUGUCCGCUCGCGUGUGCGCGCGAUAUCUACAUUUUCGUCUAUCCGAUACUUAAAAGAUAAUAUCGCCUAGAGCAGUCUAUAAAUAUACAUACAAAUAUCUCUUGUUCUUAAUAAUUAAAGAAUCUCCACAAUGUGUGUAUUCUCAAUAAAGGUGACUAUUU